AUGAAGCAAGUUCGCUGCCAGCAUCUUCUUGUCAAACAUUCCGGUUCUCGAAGGCCGUCCUCAUGGAGGGAAGAGAAUAUAUCACGCAGCAAAGAUGAAGCUAUUGAGCUACUUGAAUCGUACAGGAAGCGCAUCGUUGAAGGAAAUGAGGAUUUUGCAGAGCUAGCCAAAAGGUUUAGCGAUUGCAGCUCCGCGUGCAAAGGUGGUGACUUGGGUUCGUUUGGCCCUGGCCAAAUGCAAAAGCCAUUCGAGGAGGCCUCUUUUGCUCUUCAAGUUGGGGAAGUUUCUUCCAUUGUACAUACUGAUUCAGGAGUUCAUAUAAUAAAGCGACUAAACUAG